AUGACGAUCAUCUCUUCAUUUGUUGAUCUUCUCGCACUCCUCACCAUCCUCACAUGCCUUCUCCAUCGUUGUGGCGCCAACUAUGAAGUCGAGUCGGUCUCCGGGUUAGGGAAUUUGCUGUCGGCGAAGCUGAAACUUGUAGGCGGGACGGCGGAGUUCGCGCCUGAUGUCAAGCGGCUCAAUCUGACUGCGAGCCUAGAGACGGACAACCGGCUCCACGUGCGCAUCACCGACGCCGACCAUCAGCGAUGGGAGGUCCCCCAGGACGUCAUCCCACGCCCAGCGCCGGCGCUAGAAGACGUCUUGCUACAUUCCUCGGGCAUGAUCAAUGCUUCCUUCCCCGGCAGCAGCACCAUGUCCAGCGAGUCUUCAGACCUGACCUUCACCAUCCACACCGCCCCGUUCCGCUUCACCGUCUCCCGCCGCUCCACCGGCGACGUCCUCUUCGACACCUCCGCCACACUCGUCUUCAAGAAUCGGUACUUGGUGGUGACGUCGGCGCUGCCAGCCAGGGGGGCCUCUUUAUAUGGGCUGGGCGAGCAGACGAAACGGACGUUCCGGCUCCAGCAGAACGACACGUUCACGAUCUGGAACGAGGACCUGGAGAGGUCAGACCUACUGGACAUCAACCUCUACAGCUCGCACCCAUUCUAUAUGGACGUGCGCCCCGGCGGCGCUGCGCACGGCGUGCUGCUCCUCAACAGCAACGGGAUGGACAUAAAGUACGGCGGGUCCUACAUCACCUACAAGGUGAUCGGCGGCGUGCUCGACUACUACUUCUUCGCAGGCCCCUCCCCGCUCGCCGUCGUCGACCAGUACACCCAGCUCAUCGGCCGCCCUGCUCCCAUGCCGUACUGGUCAUUCGGGUUCCACCAGUGCAGGUAUGGCUACAAGAAUGUGGCUGAUUUGGAGGGUGUGGUCGCCGGCUAUGCCAAGGCCAAGAUCCCACUGGAGUCGAUUUGGUCCGACAUCGAUUACAUGGACGGUUACCAGGACUUCACGCUGGAUCCGGUGAACUACCCGGCGAAACUGCUCCGGCCGUUUGUCGACCGGCUCCACAAUAACAGCCAGAAAUACGUGGUCAUCAUAGACCCGGCGAUCAAAAAAGAAGCAGCACCUCCUCAAAAUGAGGCCGUGGGUUUGUUCCUCCAGCGAAACGGUACGAACUAUGUCGGCCGGGUGUGGCCAGGCGAGGUCUACUACCCAGACUUCAUGAGCCCACGCGCCGCUGAGUACUGGGCGCGGAAAAUCUCUGAGUUCCGUCGAACCAUCCCUGCCGAUGGGCUGUGGUGUGACAUGAACGAGCCCUCCAACUUCAAGGCCUGGGAGCCGCUCAAUGAAUACGAUGACUCGCCCUACCGCAUCAACAACACCGGCAUUCACCGUAACCUUAAUAACAAGACCGUGCCGGUCUCCGCAGUACACUUCAAUGGCGUGUCGGAGUAUGACGCGCACAACCUCUACGGCCUCCUCGAGUCCCGGGCCACACAUGAUGCUCUUCUCAAGGACACGUCGCGCCGCCCCUUCGUGCUCAGUCGCGCCACGUUCAUCGGCUCGGGGCGCUACACCGCUCACUGGACCGGCGACAAUGCCGCACGGUGGGACGAGCUUGCGCAUUCCAUCAACACCAUCCUCAACUUUGGACUCUUCGGCAUCCCCAUGAUGGGCGCCGACAUCUGUGGCUUCAACGGCAACACGACCCAGGAGCUCUGCAGCCGCUGGAUUCAGCUUGGUGCAUUCUACCCGUUUGCCAGGGCCCAUGCAGAGAAGACAACCGUCCGGCGAGAGCUCUAUGUGUGGGAGUUGACGGCACAGUCGGCGAGGAAGGCGUUGGGGAUGCGCCGCUGGAUACAGCUUGGUGCAUUCUACCCGUUUGCCAGGGCGCAUGCAGAGAAGACAACCGCCCGGCGAGAGCUCUACGUGUGGGAGUCGACGGCACAGUCGGCGAGGAAGGCGUUGGGGAUGCGGUACCGGCUGCUCCCCUACAUCUACACGCUCAUGUAUGAGGCGCACACAACGGGGUCACCCAUAGCGCGCCCGCUCUUCUUCUCCUAUCCUCAGGAUGCCAACACCUACGGCGUGGAUAGGCAGUUCCUGCUAGGCCGUGGCGUGCUUGUCUCUCCGGUGUUAGAGCCGGGAGCUACCACCGUCGACGCCUAUUUCCCGGCGGGCCGGUGGUUUAGUCUUCACGACCGCUCCCCCGCCAUCACCUUGCAGACCGGCAAGAGAGUGACGCUCCCAGCGCCAGCGGACUCGGCAAAUGUGCACCUGGCCGGGGGCAACAUACUACCGCUGCAGCAGCCCGGCCUGACCACGUCCACCGCACGACAAAGCGAGUUCCACCUCCUUGUGGCGCUCGCGGAGAAUGGCACAGCCAGCGGGAAGCUGUUCUUGGAUGACGGCGAGUCGCCGGAGAUGGGAGGGGUGGGAGGCAACUGGACGCUGGUGAGGUUUAGCUGCAACACGGAGGAUAGCAAGGGCAUCAUCACGACCAAGGUGAGUUCGCAUGUGGUGCAGAACUCGUACGCUCCGAGCCGGACUCUGGUCAUCGGCAAGGUGGCCUUCAUGGGGCUCCCGUCGGCACCAAAGGGGUUCACCGUGUAUGUGAACGGUGUUGAGCUCAAGGCAGCCCGCACCAAGUCCCGGACGAACGGAGUAUUCAGCGUCAGUGGGUUGUCGCUGCUCAUCGGACAGCAGUUCGAGGUAAAGGUCGUCACGUCUCACUAA